GACUUUUUAUUCAAGUCGGACCGCGCCGCUUUAAAAAAACAUUCCCCAGUGUUAUUAUUUUGUCGCGUCUAUGUCGCAUGCGUAGAGAGCCGGUUAUAAUUAUCAAAACUAAGCUUUAAACCUCGGGUAUGAUUAUAACCCGGGUAUGUGUUUGGAGAAGCGCGAUGCGGGCCAAGACACCAAUCGUGUUUUGGAGAGGACAUGGCACGUACACACAGGGUCAGAGUCCUGAGCCGCGUAUUCGUGAAUACUUCUACUAUCUUGAUCAUCAAGGCCAGCUUUUCCUGGAUGAUACCAAGGUGAAGAAUUUUGUCACCUGUUUUAAAGAUCAGCAGUUUCUGGUUUUCUUUUUUAAGCAUUUGAAAAUCAAUCGAAGCGACCGCUACCAGCAGCACUUCCCCUUCCUUUCGUUGUGUGGACGUGAGAGGAACUUCCUACGUUGUGAUGAUCAGCCAAUCGUAUUUACUCAUUUGCUGUCUGAGACGGGGCAAGGGGCACAUCUGUCCUAUUGUGGAGGUGGGACUAAACUGACCUUUCCUUUCCAACCUCAUUCCUUGUUCAUGCAUCCAGACAGUGGCAGAGUGUACCAUCCUGCUCCUGAGCUCAUAGGGGGUGUUGGAUUGGUACGUUCUGCAUUGGCCAUUGAGUUCAGCUCUCACUUUCACUACUCUUCAGGUCAAGACAGUUCUGCCCAACCUACUCAUUUCCUGUGGGCUGGGCAGCAUUAUAAACUGACUAAUGAGCUUUCAAGGCAUUUCGCAGUGAAAUAGAAAGCAGUGUUUCAUUUAUUUGCGAUAACUCCCAAUACUUAUUACGAAAUACGCUUAAGAAACCAUCAUAUCACCAUUUUUGCCAGAAUGCUUACUGUAAAUAAAACUCUUAAGACAUGUGUUAUGAAUAUGUAUAUAUGUAUGCACAUAUUUGAUCAUUAAAAGGUUUUGAUCAUA